UUUUGUUGUUGAUUUAAAGAAGUUCCUUUACCUAUGUAUCCAGAAAUGUCAUCACGUAUCAGCCAUGUGAAUGUUUUCCAUUUUUCUUCUUCUUCUUCUUCUGCUACGAUUGAAGCGGCUUAGAUCUGUAUAUUUUCUCACACACCUUAUCAGUUAUUAUUCUCUUGGCAUCAUAUUUUCGUCAAAUCACGCGUUCUUGCUCAGAAAUUCGUCAAUAUAUACUGUUUGGAGGGUUAAGAUUCAAGAAAAGAACACUCUGGUAAGUCUUGAUUUGUCGAUUUUGUUUUAUGCUAAUUAGUAGUAUUUUGUGUCUUUUUUUUUUGGUGGGCUUGUUUGAUUCGAUAUCGGUUUCUCAUCGUUUGAUGGUAAAUAGCAAAGCUGAAAUUGUUUUUGAUGAAGUAAAGUUAGAUCUUUUUCGUUCUUCUUAUUGGGCGAUAUACCAAUUUUGGUCAGAAAAUAUCAGCUCUGAAGACAGUGGGCAGUCAAUCGUUUUCCUCUUCUCAUAUUAAACUUAAUUUUGAAACUUUUUUAAUUUUGUAAUUGUUAUCUUCCUAACCCCACCAUCGGCACCGGUAAUCACACAAAGCGUCUCACAGAAAUGGCGGUGGGGAUGGUGUGCCGGUGGCCCUGUGGCACGCGUGAGUAGUUGACUGCCACUAUGCCACACGUGUCAUCUGCUCACAUAAAAAACUAUAGAAGAAGAAAAAAUGUUUCCUAUUGAUUUGAAUAUUUCUGUGAUGGUGACUCAAUUAUUACAUUAUUACAAGUAGCGCAUAAUGUAUACCUUGCUCCACUGUCUCCUCUAACCUCUCCCUAGCUUAGUUGAGCCCAUUGAAUUUUGAUAACCAAUGGCCUUUCCACAAGGGAAUUGUUCAAGAAAAACCAAAGAUUGAAUUUUUCCAAACAAUUUGCUUAUUAAACGUUUGAUUUCAGAAGAUAUAUCUGCCCACUGGGAUACUCUUGCUGUGAGAAUUUCUCUUGUUACAUCUUUCAAUUCAAAUUAUUCAAUUAGACUAACAGAAAAAGGACCACUUCAAUCACCUUUUAGAUGAUCCUUUGUUCCUCUCUAUUAUCGCUUGUGUACUAGUCCAAUCAGGAAGCAUUUGUGAAGUCAAACCUAUGCAUAGCUUCAUCUAAGGCUGAGCUUUUAUAGCCUUUAUGAGCCCAAUUGCACUGCUUGCUCUAGGCCCUAUAAAAUACACAUCUUUUUCUUUUUAGAUUAUCUUUCUAGACAAAAAACUCGCUUGAAUGUUCCAUUCUUUUUCAGUUUCACUUUCUUUGUCAAAUAUCUGAAUCCUGUAUUAUCACGACUUUCUUGGUGGAUUUAUUUUGACUGUAUUAUUCCACUGAUCAAAUACUUCAAGAAUUACAAUACCUCCUUAGUUCAACAUCUUAACCUGAUACAUUUUCUAUUUUCCCUUCUCCCAGAACUCUUUUCCCCUAAAAAAAUGAAGGGCAACACCAUAAGAUCUGCAACCGACCCAAUAUCCGACCUCCCAAACACCAUAAUCGACACAAUCCUCAGCUGUCUGCCCUUACGUGACGUGGUCCGAACAAGCAUCCUUUCCCGCCAAUGGCGCCACAAGUGGAUCUCGUGCCCCGAGCUCGUGUUUGACUUCUGGUUUGACCAAAUGUUCCUCGGCGGCCACCAGCUCGAGCCCCUCGUCUACCAAAUACUCAAACUCCACAAGGGCCCACUCCUCAAAUUCGUCCUCCAAGUUCCCGACCUCAAGAGCAGUCCCGACAUUGACCAUUGGGUCAACCUUUUACCGGACAACACUCUACAGGACCUAACCCUUCACGUCUCACGAGGAGAGACCCAUAGGCUGACCCCGGAUUUGUUCAGGUUCGAGAAUUUGAGGCAUUUGAAGCUUUAUAACUGUGUUUUUGAUCCGGUGCUUGGGUUUAAGGGAUUUGGGAAGUUGACGAGCCUCGAGCUCCAACGAGUGGAGCUUGUUCCGGAUAAAUUUGGGGAGUUUAUUGUUUUUUGCGCGUGUCUCGAGAGGCUGAGGCUGGUACAGUGCACGAGCUUUGACCGUUUGGAGAUUAAUGGGUCAAAGUUGGAAUCUUUUGAGUUUCACGGGGUUUUUAAGUCGGUGGUGUUUGAAAAUUGUUCGGUCUUGAGGGAUGUGAAGCUAACUUUCUCGUCCAUGGAGUUUAAGAGUGGGAAUCGGUUUUCUUUGGAUUUGUUUAAGUCGUUGAGCGAGUUGCCUGCGCUCGAGGAACUGCAGUUGCAAGCUUAUGCUUUGGAGGACCUUGUUGAGAAUGGUGCACCAGAAAAGCUGCCCCUCUCGCUGAGAAUGCUUAAAAACCUUCACCUUUCGGAUAUGUAUUUCGAAAAGAUUGAGGAGAUAUCGUGUGCCAUUUGCUUCAUUCGGAGCUGCCCCAAUUUACACAGGCUUAAAAUCACUGCUUUCACACUGGACGUUGUGGAUUCUGUGGCGGACUUCCUCAGAUCACAAAGAAGCUCCGAGACUUUUACACAGCUGAGAACGGUGAAAAUGCAAUUAUUUUCCGGAACUGAGGCCGAAAUGGAAUUUGUGAAAUAUCUAUUGGCAUCUGCCACUGCACUGGAGGAAAUGACGAUAACGCCCCACACUGGUAGUGUGACGGAUGGUGGAGAGUCCAUACUGAAGGAGCUUAAGCAGUACCCUCGAGCAUCACCCACUGCUGAAAUAUUCAGUUCGGAGAAAAAUUACGGGAGGAAGCAGGUUUAGUUUUUUUUUUUUUUUUUAUUUAAUCUGUUUUGUGUAAUUAUUGCUUUUAUUUUAUCUAUAGGCACUUCAGGUUCAGGGUUUGCUGUGUUGCUGGUUGUUUUUUUAGUACAUAUUGAUGAGGAUGUGAGCUGGAGUUAGAGAGCUUUGUUAUGUUUUUGAGGGUUAUCUUUCUCUUUUUCAUUCCUUCUUCUGUAUAUUUGUAACAUCAUCAUCAUGACAUCAUGGGCUGGAAAUGGUGAUUUGUAAUAUAAAUAUGAGCCAUUAGUUUGUUUGGUUUUUACGUUUCAUCUCAGCCUCUAUUUAUAUAAAGUUAUGAAUAUGGGGAUUUUAUUGUGUCUGUGUGUGUGUAAUCAAAUGGAAUAUUCGAUGAUGGCUGUGACCGACCUAUCUUGUUUGUGUGUGUGUUUGUUUUCUUUUUCUCUUUAGUGGCAUUAUUCAUAAUGAUGUCUGGUUAGGCAGCUG